AUGAGUGGUUCCGGUGACGGUGGAGGUGCGCAAGGCACUCCGAAAGUUAAUACUUCUGAUUUUAUUGGGUUUAGUGUUGAUACACAAGGUUCCCCUGGCAAUCAUCACUUUUCACCUGGAAAUUACAGCAGCCCACAGGGACAUCAAAAUCCGCCGUUCUUCCAGAAUAAUCGCGGCAAAAGAUUUAACAAUUUUAAUCACAAUAAUCGUAAUAGUUUUAAUAACUAUAAUAAUUAUAAUAAUCAGUAUAACAACAGUCCAAACAGAAGUUUCAACAGAAGUUAUAACUCAAAUCAUAAUAGGAGUUAUAAUUCUAGUUUUAAUCAGAGCCAGAACAGGAGUUUUAAUAAUUUUGGACAUUUUAAAGCAAAACAGGACCACAACAACACAUUCAACAAGCAUUUAUUCAUGCAUCCAUCAUUUAUGGAGAAUCCAUGGGCAGAACUGGAACAAAAACUUGUUCAGCAAAAGUCAUCAAAUGCUUCAACUGAAGAUUAA